GACUACUUAACCUCCUUUUGCAAGAUGUUCAACUUUCGAAAAAAUGUCGCCAAGCUAAUUUUAUUGCAUUCUUCAAUUACUUUGUUCCACUUUAUAAAUUCAUCAGUGAUGAAUUUCCCAUUUAUGUAUAUGUCAAAG